AUGGCAAACGUGAAAGUUGCCAUUCGUGUGCGUCCUCUCAGCGCAAGAGAGAGUUCGUUCGGGGGGCCGCUGGCUGUCCAAGUCGAAGACAAGUUCGUUAAGAUCCGAAACAUAAAGUUGGAUGGACGGGCAGACGGUGCUGUGGAUUCGAGGGAAAAGCUCCAGGAGUUUGGUUUUGACUAUUGCUUUUGGUCAGUGGAGCCUGCGGACCCACACUAUGCAUCCCAAGAAGAGGUGUUCCAGGAGCUGGGCGUGCCUGUGCUCUCCGCCGCCUCUGAAGGUUAUAACGUGUGUCUGUUUGCUUACGGCCAAACGGGAUCAGGAAAGACCUACACGAUGAUGGGCACACCGGACUCAAUUGGCCUGACCCCUCGAAUCUGUCAGGGACUUUUUCGGUCUGAAGACGCUGUCCCUGAUGUACAGAACUCAAGUCGAGUGGAGAUAAGUUUUUUGGAAAUCUAUAAUGAGCGUGUGCGGGACUUGCUCAGAGGAGGGGAGCAGAAGAAGUCUCUGAGAGUGAGGGAACAUCCAGAGAAAGGGCCUUAUGUGCAAGAUCUGUCCCAGCACGUGGUGUCAAACUGUAAACAGGCCAUGGAGCUUUUGGAGGAGGGCAUUUCCAACCGGAUCACCGCGGCAACACACAACCACGACGCCAGCAGCCGGUCCCAUGCCAUCUUCAGCAUCCAGUACACCCAGGCAAUUUUGGAGAACAACCUUCCAUCAGAAAUCGUCAGUAAGAUAAACCUGGUGGACUUGGCAGGAAGUGAGAGAGCAGAUCCUAACUACUGCAGAGACAGACUGACGGAGGGAUCAAACAUCAACAAGUCGCUGGUCACUUUAGGGAUUGUCAUCUCAGCUCUGGCCCAGAACUCACAGAUGUCCAGCAGCUGCCAAAGCAUUAACAGCGUGGUGUCUGAGGGGGAGAGCACGGGGGGCAGUCACAGCAGCGCUCUGUCCGAUCGAGGAGGGGGAGGAGGGGGGAGGAGGCACUGCUUCAUCCCCUACCGGGACUCAGUCCUCACCUGGCUCCUCAAAGACAGUCUGGGCGGGAACUCCAAAACCAUCAUGAUUGCAACUGUCUCGCCAUCCGUCAACAGCUACAAUGAGACCCUGAGCACGCUUCGAUACGCCGCUCAUGCCAGAAACAUUGUCAACAAGCCGCGCGUAAAUGAGGAUGCAAAUGUUCGACUGAUCAGAGAGCUGAGGGAGGAGAUUGACAGACUGAAGAGCAUGCUGCUUAGCUUUGAAAUGCAGCGGAAUCCCAGUCCGUCCCUGAGUGAUGAGAGAGAUGGAAAUUUGUCUGACAUUGUGCUUCAGAACGAACUAAAGGUGGAGCAGCUCACAAAGGACUGGUCUGAAAGCUGGAGGGACAAACAGGAGCUUAUGGAGCAAUACAGUGUGGACAUAAACCGGGACCCGGGCGGGUUCUUGAUAAACUCACUGCAGCCACAUCUCGUGACUCUCGACACAGACGUCCUCAGCACUGGAGUGGUCUUCUAUCAUCUGAGGGAGGGAAUCACCCGGCUCGGACCACAGGACCAGUGUGGGGCUGCAGACAUAGUUUUUCCGGCAGAUGCGAGAUGCGAGAUUGAAAACCGCAGAGGUGUGGUGACUCUGCGGCCGCUCCCCGACUGCGUCCUUCUCCUCAACGACAGAGAGGUCACAGCGCCCUGCCGACUGGCUCAAGGGGCCGUGAUCACCUUGGGAGGAGUGCAUAAGUUACGCUUCAACCACCCAGCCGAAGCAGCCCUCCUCCGGGAGCGCAGACGGAUCAGUGAAAACAGCCUGACCUGCUCCUACACUGACCUUUGCAGCCUGGACUCAAAGGAAAGUGUCAAAGACGUGACGCUGGAGGGGCAGCAGGAUGUGUCCCCCAGUGAGGAGCACAGUACCAGGCUGAGAGUGGAGGAGCAGCAGCGUCUGGUGGAAAGUUUGAGGCGAGAGAUCCAAAGCGAGCAGAGACGAGCUGACAGAGAGCUGGAGAGAGAGCAGGCCCACCUCCGACUGCAGCACCACGACAUCCAACAGUGGAUCUUGUCAGAACAGGAGCGUCUGACGACGGCUGAGCAGAGAAGCACUCAGGAGCUCGGUGUUCAAACAGACCUCAGCCUUGGCCCGGUGUUGGAGCGAGUGACAAGUCAAAUAUUUACAGAUGAGAACGGUCUUCCCAACAACCCUCCAUCACAAGUCACCAGGGCCAGAAAGAAAACCGUGCAAGAGGAGUUACUGAAACAAUAUUCCCUGCACCGCACUGAAAGCAGAAUCAGAAGAAAAAGACUCCAUUAUCAGCUGGAGAGGAUUGGACGAAAGCGUUUAAUGCUGGAGGCUAAAAAGGAGCUGCAGCGUCUUGAGAAGACCCUGCCCCCCAGGUCGGACAGUCCUGGUUCUCCCGAGCUGGGGCCCCCUUUCAAACAUAGAGAGGACCAUUCUCGAUCCAGAAGACAUUCAUUCUCUGUGGAUCUUCUGUCCCGGCUUUACCCUCAGCACACGCCCAUUUACAAGCACUUUCUGAAGAGAAACCGCUCAACAGAGCUGACCCCCAACUCUUCAUCUAACCCACUCGACAGCAGCGACUGGCAUUGUGGACUGGACUCACCGCUGCAUUUUGCCUCGAGCGACAUCAACCCAUUCGUCCACCAAUGGCAAGAGGACGAAACAAACGACAGCCAUAAAACACCUACAUUUGGGAGUGCGGCCAAUCUAUCUAGGAAGUCUGUUCAAAGCGAGAGGAAACUGAAGGAGAUCCACAGAUUGCGACUGGAGAGGGAGGAGGUGAUGGCUACAGUGGGUCUGGGUGUGACCUCGGCUCCUCUCACAGUGGAGCUGACGGAGGCCAAACUGCAUUAUGGUCUGGGACAAACGGACAUGCUGCUGAAGAUGCUGUCCCCCAGAGAUGGUCUGGAGAAGGAAGAGUCCCGCCCCCCGGCUCUCACAAAGCAACUGCUGUACGAUCGACAUCGUAAAAGCAUCGAGGUUCUGAAGCAGGAGAGGGAGGCGCGUCUCCAAGGUUACCGUCGCACUCGUAGUUUGAGUCCCAGUAAAACCCUGGGGUCUCCCCCUCAGACUCCAGAUUGUACCACCUCCUCUGGUCCUUGCAAAGAGGAUCUGCAGCAGUGCCACCAACAGGUCGUCCAUAGCACCAGCACCCCUGACCCGAGCCUUGGGGAGAGCCGCUGCACCUCUGACAUUGAGCAGCUGCUGCGAGACUACAGCCGAGCACGAGACGAGGCGCGCUCAGAGAUCGCCAAGGCCCGAGAGCGACUACGUGAGAGAACAGAGCAGGAGAAGAGGAGACUACAGCAGCAGACCCCGUCCCCAAACACUAUGGACGACCUGAGACAUCGGACCAGAGUCAGUAACAGCACCUUAUGCACUGGGUCCAGUCUGAGCCUCUCCUCAGGACCCACCUCCGGAUACAACAGCGGCAACACUCACCUCCAGCUCAGCAACACGUCCAUACAGGAUGAGGAACAGAAGAUCAGGGCACGUCCACCUGUUUGUGGUGCCCAAAGUGUGAAGAACCAAAGAGUCUGGCUUUCUGCCCAAGACAUCCGCCUUGACCUUUCUGCGUCAGGAUUUGAGCCCACAAUGACCUCGUCUCCUUCAGUCCACUCUUUCACACGACAUCGAGCUGCAUCGUCCGGCUCCUCCUCCUCCAUCUCCAGCCACAACUAUCAGGACAUCACCUCCUCUCUCCACGGAAAAGCUCUGGCGGAGGUGCGACUUGCCUCUGCAGGGGAUCUUAGUAACUUGCUUGCUGGAAAGGCCACUGCAGGCUGGAGAUUUGAAGGAGAGGAGAACGGGACCCGUGUUUUCUACAAGCCCUCUUCCAGCCCUUUUGUGCACAGUUUUCUGGGGGCAGCUGACUUGAACAAACCCCUGAGCAGCCUCUGGACUGUGAUAAAGCAAGUGUCCAAAAGCCACCUGUUUAACCAGUCAGUCCAUUCUGUGUGGACUCGACCACUAGAUGACAGCACUCAGCUGGUGUACAUACUCAGUGAUCCGUCCAGAUGCCACCUCAGCCAGCCGCGAGACUUCUGCUGCAUCAGCACUGCAGCUCAGCAGGGUGGGCUGCACAUAAUGGCCAUGCAGUCUGUGUUUGAAGAAUCUUUACCACGUCCCAGUGCGGAGGCGGUGAGGGGGGAGAUGAUGCCUAGCUGCUGGAUACUGCAGUCGCUCAAAUCCCCCGGACAGGAGGAGGUCACAAGGGUGGUCUUUCUUUUGCAGGUUGACUUCGGAGCUCCUUCCUUUCCACAGCGAUUGUUGAACUCAGUUGCAAGAAAACAGGCAACUAGCAGGCGCGGGUGGGGUCUGUCCUGGGUCUGUCCUGGGUCUGUCCUGGGCCUGUCUCUGUCCCGUAGAGACUGUGCACAGGGCCCGACUCAGCAGAACACCCGGGACAAGAGGACGCCUAAAGACAAUUUCCCAGCUUCCUGCUGCCUCCCGCUCCUCAUCGCUUCACCCUUCAGUGCUCUGAAGAGCUGCAGCCCUGACUUCGACAACGUGGAGAUUACGCAGCAAUACAGUCAGAUCAACUCUCGCUUCGAGCUUCCAGACAAUGAGCUGGACAAUGACAACAGCUCUGCGCGGCUCUUUGAACGCUCACGCAUCAAAGCCCUGGCAGAUGAGCGAGAAGCCGUGCAGAAGAAGACCUUCACUAAAUGGGUCAACUCCAUCCUGUCGCGGGUCGGCUGUCGCAUCACUGACCUGUACCUGGACCUGCGAGACGGCCGCAUGCUCAUCAAGCUGCUGGAGGUGCUGUCUGGGGAAAAGCUGCCCAAGCCGACAAAAGGCCGCAUGCGUAUCCACUGCUUGGAGAACGUGGACAAAGCCCUGCAGUUCCUCAAAGAGCAGAGGGUGCAUCUGGAGAACAUGGGCUCGCACGACAUCGUGGACGGAAACCACCGCCUCAUCCUGGGCCUCAUCUGGACCAUCAUCCUCCGCUUCCAGAUCCAGGACAUUAUUGUGGAAACGGGAGGAGCCGACCAAAAGGAAACUCGCUCCGCUAAAGACGCUCUGCUGCUCUGGUGUCAGAUGAAGACCGCGGGAUAUCCAAACGUGAACAUAACUAACUUCACCACCUGCUGGAAAGACGGCAUGGCCUUCAACGCUCUCAUACACAGACACCGGCCUGAUCUUGUGGACUUCAACACUCUGAGAAGGUCCAACCCCACUCAUAAUCUCCAGAACGCUUUCAACGUGGCUGAGCAGAAACUUGGAGUGACAAAGCUUUUGGACCCAGAAGACGUGUUCACAGAGAACCCUGAUGAGAAAUCCAUCAUCACGUAUGUGGUGGCCUUCUACCACUACUUCUCCAAGAUGAAGCAACUGGCUGUCGAAGGGAAAAGAGUCGGAAAAGUCCUGGAUCAAGCCAUUGAGACGGAGCAGAUGGUCGAUAAGUACGAGACUCUGGCCUCAGAUCUGCUCAAGUGGAUUGAACAAACCAUAAUUGUCCUGAACAACCGGAAACUGGCCAACUCUCUGACCGGAGUCCAGCAGCAGCUACAGGCUUUCAACACCUACCGCACCGUGGAGAAACCACCAAAGUUCCAGGAGAAGGGAAACCUGGAGGUGCUGCUGUUCACCAUCCAGAGCCGGAUGAGGGCCAACAACCAGAGGGUCUACACGCCCAAAGAGGGGGCCCUGGUCUCUGACAUCAACAGGGCCUGGGAGCGUCUGGAGCGGGCCGAGCAUGAGCGCGAGAGGGUCCUGCGAGACGAGCUCAUCCGACAGGAGAAGCUGGAGCAGAUGGCGCGCAGGUUUGACAGGAAGGCGGCCAUGAGGGAGACCUGGCUGCUGGAGAAUCAAAGACUAGUGGCUCAGGAUAAUUUUGGUUACGACCUCUCAGCGGUGGAGGCGGCGAAGAAAAAGCACGACGCCAUCGAGACCGACAUCGCGGCGUACGAGGAGCGCGUGCAGGCCAUGGUCAACAUCUCCCAGGAGCUGGAAGCCGAGCGCUAUCAUGACGCCAAGCGCAUCGACGUGAGGAAAGACAACAUCCUCCGCCUGUGGGACUACCUGCAGGAGCUGCUCAAGGCCAGGAGAGGGCGCCUGGACAAGAACCUCACAUUACAACGGAUCUUCCAGGAAAUGCUUUACAUCAUCAACUGGAUGGAUGAGAUGAAGGCCCGCCUGCUCUCUCCAGACUUUGGAAAGCACUUGUUGGAAGUGGAGGACCUUCUCCAGAAACACGCUCUGCUGGAGAAUGACAUCGCGCUGCAGGCGGAGAGGGUGCAGGGCGCCAGUGCAGCUGCGCUCAAGUUUGCAAACGGAGAUACCUAUAAACCGUGCGACCCGCAGGUGAUCCGUGACCGGGUGCAGCACCUUGACCUCUGUUAUCAGGAGCUACGUGCUUUAGCAGCUCAGCGGAGAGCGCGUCUGGAGCAGUCCCGCCGCUUCUGGACCUUUCUUUGGGAAGUGGCCGAACUGGAGAGCUGGAUCCGCGAGAAGGAGCAGAUUUUCUCUUCCCUGGAUUACGGCAAAGAUCUCACCAGCGUUUUGAUCCUGCAGAGCAAACACAGUGCCUUUGAGGACGAGCUCGGAGCCAGGCGGACCCACCUGCAAGAUGUUUUAGCCGAGGGAGAGAAUAUGGUUCAAGCGAAGCACUUUGGCGCGCCGAAGGUCCAAGAAUCCAUGGACAACAUCAAACGUCAAUGGGAUCAGUUGGAGGAGCUGGCUGCAUUUCGCAAACAAAACCUGCAAGACACACAAAGAUUCUUCCAGUUUCAAGGCGACGCGGACGAUCUCAAAGCGUGGCUGUUGGACACUAAGAGGCAGAUGACCAGCGACGAUGUGGGGAAUGACGAAUACACCACGCAGCGGCUCCUGAAAAAGCACAACGAUUUGAGAAAUGAAACUAUCAAGAAUGGGGCCACUAUUGAAGCGCUGUCCAAACAAGCCAACGCUCUGCCAGAAGAGCUCCAAAACACGCCCGAUAUUCAGAGGAGGCUUAAAGAUAUAAAAGAUUUGUACAUGGAGCUUUUGACCCUGGCGGAUCUCAGGCAGAAGAAGCUGGAUGACACCAUGGCGCUGUACACAAUCUUCAGUGAGAGCGACGCAUGCGAGCUGUGGAUGGGGCAGAAGGAGACCUGGUUGGUGGGUCUGGACGUGCCGGAGAAACUGGAGGAUCUGGAGGUCAUACAGAACAAGUUAAGCAUUUUGACUCAGGACAUGGCCAAUGUUCAGUCCAGAGUGGAUGACGUGAACCAAGCAGUGAAACAGCUGGAGGAGAGCAGACAUCCUCGAACCAAAGAGGUCAAAGACUGCCAGGCCCGGCUCAACAAGAGAUGGGAUGCGUUCAAAGCCAUGGUGGAGGAAAAGAAGAGAAAGAUCGACUCUGCCUUGAGCUACCACAACUAUGGCCUGGAGUGCGACGAGACUGAGGCCUGGAUCAAGGACAAAACCAGGGUCAUCGAGUCCACACAGGAGCUGGGCAACGACCUGCAAGCCGUCAUGACAAUCCAAAGAAAACUCUUCGGUAUGGAGAGAGAUUUAGCAGCUAUCGACGCAAAGCUCAUCUUUUUGAGGAAAGAGGCUGAUCAGUUAGCGCAGGACCACCCUGACAACGCCGCUGACAUUUUGGCACGUAAAGGCGAGCUGGACAAUGCUUGGGACACACUUAGAAAGACUUUGAAAGACAGAGAAGAUUCCUUAGGCGAGGUCAGCAAGCUCCAGUCUUUCCUUCAAGAAAUGGACGAUUUUCAGUCUUGGCUUUUCAAAACUCAGAAGGCAGUGGCGUCUGAAGAAAUGCCAGCCACGCUACCGGAAGCAGAGGAGCAGCUCAACCUCCACGAUGCAGUCAGAGAAGACAUAAGCAACCACGAAGAGGACUACGUCAGGGUCCGGGACACAGGGGUGCAGGUGACCGCGGGGCAGCAGGAUGAUCCACAGUACCAGGAGCUGGAGAAGAGGCUGAAGAGCUUCGACAGAGGCUGGGUGGAGCUGCAGAAGAUGUGGGACAGUCGGAAGAACUUCCUGGACCAGGCUUUGGGAUUCCAGCAGUUUGUGAGGGACGCCAAAGCGGUGGAGGCCAUACUCAACAACCAGGAGUACACGUUGGCGCACAUAGACAAGCCGGACACCUUGGCAGGGGCCGAGAAGGCGCUGAAGAAGCAUGAGGAUUUCGUGAGCACCAUGGAGGCCAACGAGGAGAAGAUUGAUGGGGCGAUGCAGACGGGACAGCGGCUGGUGGACGCUAACAACCUGUACUCCAACAAAGUCCAGGAGAAGAUGGACUCGAUCCGGGACAGGCAGGACAAGAACAAACGCAGAGCUCUGGAGGUUUCAGGAAAACUCAAAGAUAACUGUGACCUGCAGCACUUCCUCCAAAACACUCAAGACCUGACCGUGUGGAUCAAUGAGAAGAUGCUGACGGCUCAGGACACGUCGUACGAUGAGGCGCGGAACCUUCACUCCAAGUGGCUCAAGCACCAGGCCUUCAUGGCCGAACUCGCCUCCAACAAGGACUGGCUCAACAAAGUGGACCAGGAGGGCCAGGAGCUGAUGGAGUCGAAGCCCGAGUUUGAGCCCAUUGUGAAGGAGCGUCUGGCCAAACUACACGAGCUCUGGGACAAACUGGAGUUCACGGCGGAGGAGAAGGCCCGCCUCCUGUUCGACGCAAACCGAUCAGAGCUUUUCGACCAGAGUUUGACCGACAUGAAGAAGUGGCUGAAAGAACUGCAGCUCCAGCUCAAGAGCGGAGCAGAGGAGGACGUGAGGGACCUGACCAAGGCCAACAUCCUGCUCAAGAAACACCAGCUGACAGAGAAGCAGGUGCGUGACCGCGGGCGCGAGCUGGACGAGCUGCAGGAGGCGGUCAGGAAGCACGGGGGCCGAGAGGACCAGCCGGCUUUGGAGCAGGAGCAGCAGAGUCUCAGGGCCCACUUCCAGGAGCUCCUCAGCCCACUGGCCGAGCGCAAAGACAAACUGGAGGCAGCCAAAGCCGUGCACCAGUUCUACAGAGACCUGGCCGACGAGCUGCUGUGGAUUGAGGAGCGGAUGCCACUGGCCACUUCACAGGAGCACGGACAUAACCUACAAACUGUACAAAUGCUUCAGAAAAAGAACCAGACCCUACAGAAGGAGAUCGAGGGCCACCAGCCGCGCGUGGAUGAAGUGCUCGAGCGCGGCCGUAAGAUGGAGACAGCAGCGCGAGCGGAGGACCGACUGGAGGCGGACAAGAUCCAGGACCAGCUCAGGGACCUGGGCACGUCCUGGGACCGACUGCAGGACGAGAUGGACCAGCGUCGGGACAGACUGAACGCCUCCAACCACGCGCAGCAGUACUACAACGACGCCGACGAGGCAGAGGCCUGGAUCGGGGAGAAGGAACUGUACAUGAUCGCAGACGAGAAGGCCAAGGACGAACAAAGUGCUAUGCUGAUGCUAAAGAGACACACCAUCCUAAAACAAGACGUGGACGACUACGAAGAUGCCAUUCAAAAACUGUCGGACCGGGCACAAGAGAUGUUCGCAGAAGAUCAUCCGGACGGCGAGUCCAUCAUCAGACGCCAGAGCCAGGUGGACAAGCAGUACGCGGGGCUGAAGGAGCUCGCUGAUGACCGCAGGAAGAAGCUGGACUACACCUUCCAGCACUUCCUGUUGAGCCGCGAGGUGCAGGACCUGGAGCAGUGGAUCGCAGAGAGGGAUGUCAUCGCCUCGUCGCAAGAGAUGGGACAAGACCUGGAUCAUGUCACGUUGCUCCGGGAGAAGUUUCGUGAGUUCGCUCGGGAGACGGGGAUGGCGGGACAGAAGCGCGUAGACUUUGUGAACGAGACCAUCGACGAGCUGAUCGAGGGCGGACACAGUGAAGCAGCGCCGAUGGCCGAGUGGAAGGACAGCAUCAACGAGAGCUGGGCCGACCUCCUGGAGCUCAUCGACACCAGAGGACAGCUGCUGACCGCCUCCUAUGAGCUGCUCAAAUAUUUCGAUGACGGCAAAGAGUUGGUGGCGCAGAUCUAUGAGAAGCAGACCGAACUGCCGGAAGACGUGGGGGAUGACUUCAGUAAAGCCGAGUCGUUCCACAGAGUGCACGGCGCCUUUGAGAGAGACAUCACAGCUCUGGGCAAACAGGUGCAGCAGUAUCAAGAGACCGCAGCCCGCCUCCAUGCGCAGUACGCGGGGGAACAGGCGACCGCCAUCCAGGCCUCUGAGCGGGACGUGCUGCAGGCCUGGAAGAGUCUGCUGGAGGCCAGUGAUGAGCGCCGGGCCCAGCUCGUGGACACCGCAGACAAGUUCAAGUUCUUCACUAUGGUGCGCGACCUCCUGGCCUGGAUGGAGAGCAUCAUCCAGCAGAUCGAGACCCAGGAGAAACCCAGGGACGUCUCCUCUGUGGAGCUGCUGCAGAAGUACCACCAGGGCAUCCGCUCUGAGAUCGAGGCGCGUGGAGCCAAACUCACAGACUGCACAGAUCUGGGCAAAUCUCUGUUGGCAAGAAACCACCGCCACUCUGCAGAGAUCAAAGAGAAGCUGGUGCAGCUCAUGGAGAAGCGGAAGGAGCUGAUGUUCAAAUGGGACGACAGAUGGGACUGGCUCCGACUGCUCCUGGAGGUGUGUCAGUUUGCUCGGGACGCCUCGGUGGCGGAGGCGUGGCUGGUGGCACAGGAGCCCUACGUGUCCAGCCGGGACCUGGGACACACGGUGGACGAGGUGGAGAAGCUCAUCAAGAGACACGAGGCUUUUGAGAAGUCCACGGCCACAUGGGAGGAGCGCUUCUCUGCUCUGGAGAGACUGACCACGUUGGAGUUGCUGAGCCUGAGGAGGGAGCAGCAGGAGAUGGAGCAGUUCAUUAAAGACGAGCUGCGGUCGGAGCCAGACAGCAGGAAAGAGGACACUGGUUUUGUGGAGGAGUCUUCUCAGAUGUUCACUGUGGAGGAGCAGACCAUGUUUGGGUCCGCGGCAGUGGCCCCCAGCACCAGUCAGUUGGACAGCACCGCGGGGGCCUCGACCGUCCCCAUAGACUCUGAGAUGAAGGAGAGCCGGUCCCUGGAGCUGGAGCCCUCUGUGUCUGUGUCCAGUCCGAAAGGACCAGAGCGAGCCUCCACCUUACCCCCGGUUGCCCUGAGGAGCCAGGCCGUGCUGCAGGAGGGGCUGCUGGGACGCAAGCACGAUGUGGUGGGCUCCGGCAAGAAGGCCUCCAACAGGUCUUGGAACAGCCUGUACUGUGUGCUAAGGCCAGGCCAACUCAGUGUCUAUAAAGACGCCAAGAGCCUCAGUCAGGGCCUGACGUUCCACGGAGAGGAGCCGCUCACGCUCUCCGGCGCCGUCUGGGAAAUCCUCAGUAACUACAAGAAGAAGAAGCACGUAGCCAAACUCCGCCUGACAGACGGCAGCGAGUAUCUGUUCCAGUGCAAAGAUGAAGAGGAGCUGCAGCGCUGGAGCCAAGCCAUGGAGGAGGCUAUAGAGGGGGCUACGGACAAGGCCAUGGAGCCCCCAGCAGAGGAGGGCUCCUCUGGGGCCAAGAGCCAGACCCUGCCCCCUGUGUCCAGCUCCACUCCAGAGCCCAGCUCUGCCAAGAAGGACAAGGAGAAGAAGUUUAGCCGCUUUGCAAAGAAAAAGUGA